CCUUUUCCCUUUGCAACGUCUUCUUCACUCUUUCUCUCUCUCAAAGCUGCUUUUUUUUCUCAUUAUUUUAAGUCCAUAACCGCUCAACAAAAAACAAACACCCAGUUUCUGCUUCUCUUAUUUUCCCAAGAAAGGAAAAAAAAAAAAAAAAAACAAGUUUUUCUUAUAACCAAGGUCCAAGAGUUGUCCAAGAACCAUGCUUUCAAGAGUGAAUGGCGGUGUGGUUUGGAUGGACGAUAAAGAAGAUGAAGACUCUGCUUCAUGGAACAGAACCACCAACAACAACAACAACAAUGAUAACAACAGUGUUAUAAUGGAGAACAAAGAAGAGAUGGGUUCUUUAUCUACAUUCAAAUCCAUGUUGGAAGAAGAAUGGUAUGUUGCAAACAACAGUAUUUCAAGCCAUCAAAACAUUAGAGACCUUUCAUUUUCACCAAAUCUUGGUGACCAUCAGGAUAACUUUUUGCUGCAUCAUCAUCAUCAUCAUCCAGUGGAUUCUUCCUCUUCCUGUUCACCAUCUUCCUCUGUUUUCAACAAUCUCGACCCAUCUCAGGUACAGUUCUUUUUGCAACCAAAACCAACUGUAUCUUCACUCCUUAAUGUUGUUUCGAAUAACCCUUUAGACCAUGGGUUUGAUUUGAGUGAAAUUGGGUUCCUUGACAACCAAGCAACAAAUGCUAGUACUUUACUGAACAGGGGAAAUGCUGGGGUUUUGGGUAGUUUCACUGAUUUAAGCCAUGGUAAUCAGAUGGACACAGCUAAUUUGUGUCCUGAGACUCAAUUUUCGAGUUCUGGGAUGGUUCAGCUACCAGAAAAUGGUGCCGGGUUUGCUGGUUUUCAAGGGUUUGAUGAAAACCCUGGCAAUGCUCUGUUUUUAAAUAGGUCUAAGUUGUUGAGGCCACUGGAAAGCUUUCCUUCAGUCGGAGCACAACCAACUCUGUUCCAGAAAAGAGCAGCUUUGAGGAAGAACUUAGCUGAUAAUGGAGGGAAUUUCGGGGUGUUAGGUGGAGGAAAGCUAAAUGCUUUGAGUGGAAUUGAGGGAGAUAAAGGGAAGAAAGAAAUGGCUGAAGAAAAUGAGAAGAGGAAAAUUAACAAUAGAGAUGAUCUAGAAGAUGUGAGCAUUGAUGGGUCUGCUUUGAACUAUGAUUCAGAUGAGUUUACUGACAAUAACAAGGUGGAGGAAGCUAUUAAAAAUGGUGGGAAUACCUCAAAUGCAAACAGUACUGUUACUGGAGGAGAUCAAAAGGGUAAAAAGAAAGGGCUUCCUGCAAAAAAUUUGAUGGCUGAGAGGCGCCGUAGGAAGAAACUCAAUGAUAGGCUUUACAUGUUGCGGUCUGUUGUUCCAAAGAUUAGCAAAAUGGAUAGAGCUUCUAUUCUUGGGGAUGCAAUUGAGUACCUGAAGGAACUUCUGCAAAGGAUCAAUGACCUCCAUAAUGAAUUGGAGUCAAACCCUCCUAGCUCUUCUCUGACACCUACGACCAGCUUCCAUCCUUUGACGCCCACUCCGGCCACCUUGCCCAGUCGGAUCAAGGAUGAACUUUGCCCCAGCUCAUUACCGAGCCCAAAUGGUCAGCCAGCAAGGGUUGAAGUAAGGCAGAGAGAAGGAAAAGCUGUAAACAUCCAUAUGUUUUGUGGCCGCAGACCAGGUCUUUUGCUCUCCACAAUGAGGGCUUUGGACAACCUUGGGCUUGACAUCCAGCAAGCAGUCAUUAGCUGUUUCAAUGGUUUUGCCAUGGAUAUCUUUCGAGCUGAGCAAUGCAAGGAAGGGCAGGACAUCCAUCCUGAGCAGAUCAAAGCUGUACUUUUGGAUUCAGCUGGCUUCCACAACAUGAUAUAGGUUUCUUCAGCAAGUAUAUCUGAUUCUGAACAACUAUAAACAGGCUUUUAGCUCCAAGAGGCAAGACGAAACAAGCAAUUGCAUUUUGUUUUACGUAGCGAGCAACAUGAGAGCUUUAAAUUAGUUUGAACUGGUGGGAAACUCGCCAUCCUCAAGUCUUUUUUCUCAGCUUUUUACUAGACUUUCGCUCUUUAAAAUCUCGUUGUUGUUUGGAUUUCUGGUCAUUUUAAUGAGGAUAAAGCCUCUCAUUACUGCUGCAUUUGGAAUAUAAUUUGAACAAACUCAGUUCCCUCCCCUAUAACCAGCUGGUUGAUCGUGCUGGUGGAAAAAUCUAAGCAUUUCUUUCUCCUAGCUUUCCUGUGGUACCAUGCACGAACAGAGCUACUUUAAACUCAAAAUUUACCUGUCAUUUGGUCAAAAAGACUUUUUAACUUUUGAGUAAGAGUGUCACCCUUUUGCUUUUGCCAUGCCAAAAACAUGUGCUCGUCCUUGAUCGUGGAUAAGCUCUCAAAAUAAUUACUGCGUUCCCAUUUAAGUAGGGCUAUCAUGACCCAUGGAUGGGACCCUGAUGAAAUUUGCUCCGACCCGUGGGCGUAGCACUUUCCCCCACUUGGGUCUCACGGCGGAGAUAUUAGUCAAGAUCAUGAAAAGAAUAUUUUUCAGACUUUGACAUAUUAUUCCAAGCAAAACGGAAGCAAAGAGCCGAAGAGAGAUAUGGUAAUUUGUAACUAAAAAUUCAAACCCCAACCCCACAAGUCGGUCGCCACCAUUGGACCGUAAUUCCAGGGUCAAAGUCGUAGUCUAAAAUCGAUUGCCACUCAGGCAUUUACCAAGCUGCUCCAUGCAAUGGAUAUGGCUCAGCAAAUACAGUUGCGUUGGCAAUCACAUUAUCUGAUAUUAGACCAACUCUCUCCUUCCCUCCGGUACGAUCUGCUAAUGAACCGUAAAGCCAACUACUCCUUUUGAGGCAAGAAAGGACAACUGGCCCCUCAGAUUCCUGCUUCCCUGAAUUAUCAAAGAUGGAAUAUCCCAACAAGCCUCCAAAAUUUUUACAAAAAAUAAAGGAAAAGGAUCUCGAGCUUAGAUUAGCAAAUUCCAGCAGAUUCACCAAUCAUCAUCACAAGGGAAGAUCUAACAAACAUGAAACUAAUUUAACUUCCCAUUAUUUGCUCAGAAUUAAGAAUGCCUCUAAAC